AUCUUGUUCCAAACAACUAUAAAGCUCCUGGUUGUAGCAAAUUUAUUCGUUUAUUUUCUACAAAAGAUAUAUCAUGUUAUAGUUACCACCAGAUCAUAUCCAAUGAAGAGAUCAGUGUCGCCUGACGCAGAGCCGUCUACCGAUGGUCGCGGUUCAUCACAUCCCAAACGACGACAGAGAGGCGACGUACGGCAGCUUCCUCCAAACGCAUCCGCAGCUCUUCUCACACUGGCUGAAAAUGCCGAUGAAUUGAUUGCGCAGCUCCAAGCGCUCAAGCAGCAUGAAGCGGAAUUAAGGGACUCAUCUUCAGGGUCCAACAUACUAGACAUUCAUCGUCGGUUUGCCAACAUAAGCGAAGAUGUCGUCGCUUCACUUCAAACAUUGGCUACACCUGGAAAUGCUGCCUCUGCUGCCUCCAAUUCUGGCCUACCAGAAGACAGAACACUAUCACGCCUUAAUUCUGCCAUACGAAAGGCCUCUAUCUCAGCGCCAAGCAAGGUGCAGCCAUGGAAGUUAGCAUACGUUCCCAAACAGUUGCCUACCCUUCCCCGAGUUCAAGACCCUAUUAUCGAAGAAACCGCCUUUACACAUCCUGGAAUUUCUCAAGAUAAGCACUAUGAACGGCUUGAGUGGCUGGGAGACGCCUAUCUCGAGUUGAUAUCUACUAUUCUUAUAUCGCAAACCUUCACAAAGCUUCCCUCUGGUCGUUGUGCACAAAUACGGGAACGCCUUGUUCGAAACACAACUCUCGCCAGCUUCUUUCGACAAUAUGGCCUAGAGAGUCGUGCAAAACUCCCAUCAGAUGUUCACCGAUUCCAAGGAAAAGGACGGUCAAAUGACAAGGACAUCACCAAGAUCCACGCCGACAUGUUUGAAGCAUAUACCGCCGCAGUAAUAGUCGCAGACCCUGUCAAUGGCCUUGAUAAUGUCACAGAUUGGCUACGAGAUUUGUGGUCGAUGCAUAUAGUGGAUGAUUUACGAAAGCUGGAGCUCUCUGAAGCUAAGGAAACAAAGAAGGAGCAGAAGGCCGCCGAGUCGGGGACAAAUGGUUCUACUACGGAAGAAGCUAACAAGAAAUCUCUGAGCCCGAAGGAAGAGUUGGCCGCUAUGAUUGUAGUGAAAGGCGUCUGGCUCAGAUACGAGAAAAUGGAGUGCACCAAGAAGGAUAAGAAUCUCGGCCUUCCGCUGUUUGCUGUUGGAGCCUAUCUGGAUGGAUGGGGAGAGCAACACAAAUUACUGGGCCUGGGUACAGCUCUUAAUGUGAAGGAAGCAGGGCAAAAGGCAGCUACCGAAGCCAUGCAAAACAGAAAGCUGAUGAAGAUUUACGUUGCAAAGAAGAAGGAAUACAUGGAGUUGAAGGAAGCAGAAGCGGCAGCACUGGAGAAUGGCAAUGGCGACAACUCAGCGCCGGCCUCAUAACGAGAAACGCAAGCAUUUUGUACAAAAGGAAUACGUCUGUAUAUUAAAGCCAAUAAUGAAGAUGAACACUUUUGCAUAUCAAG